AAUGUACUGCAGCGCAGUUUAAAAAUUAAACUGAUUCAAUCUACUGAGAUAUAUCUUGCUGCAGAAAUACUACUUGUACAAUAUUCACCACAUCGUUAUAAAAAUGGUCCUCAAUAAUACGUUCAAUCAACGCAGACCAACAACUUUGCGCGCCAAGGUGUUAGUUGUGGGGGAUGAAAAAGUGGGCAAAACUUCGAUUAUUCAGAUGAUAACUUCGGAUGGAACCCAUUUUCCGAAGCAGUACAACAUGACAAUUACUGUUGAAGAAAUUCUGAAAAACUAUCUAGUGCCAAAUUCAAGUGACUCGGUUGAAAUGUAUUUUUUCGACUGUUCGGGAAAAGAGAGUCUGUACUCCAAAAAUGAGACUUUCUGGGAAAAUGGUUCCAUAAUUAUGGCAGUAUUUGACUUGUCCCAGCCGCAGACUCUGAGAAAUGUGACCAAGUGGAUGGACAGAGCAAUCAAGCAAGCAGGAGAAUUAAGCCCGAUGGUGGUGUUAAUAGGCAACAAAAAAGAUCUGGACAACGACUAUUGCAACACACCUGAGAGGGCACAGGACAUAGACAGUGUCUGCAAGAAGUACGGGGCCAAGUUCUUCGAAGUGUGUGCGAAAGAAAACCUCAGUUUGGAAGAGCCUUUCAAACACGCCUGCCACAUGUACCACGAACUGUUCCUAAACAGAAUCUCAUCCAUCAGUUCUUCCUAAUUUGCAAUAAAACUUCUUUCAUUAAA